UGAGGCCGGCGAGCUCGCCUACUCUUCUCGGCCCACUCGUCGUGCCCGGCUUGCGAAGAUGUCCGCCAAGCCCGACGCCGGCUUCGCGAAAGAGGCUUCUCGCCAGAUCCUGGCCGGUGGUUCCGCUGGUCUUGUAGAAAUUUGCCUGAUGCACCCCCUCGAUGUGGUGAAAACCAGGUUCCAGAUUCAGAGAUGUGCAACUGAUCCAAACAGUUACAAAAGCUUGGGAGACAGCUUUCGAACAAUUUUCCAAAUAGAAGGAUUGUUUGGUUUUUACAAGGGGAUUCUGCCACCAAUCUUGGCUGAAACACCAAAAAGAGCAGUGAAGUUUUUCACCUUUGAGCAGUACAAGAAAUUGCUAGGAUAUGUGUCACUGUCGCCAGCUUUGACGUUUGCCAUUGCUGGAUUAGGAUCUGGACUAACAGAAGCUAUCGUGGUUAACCCUUUUGAGGUAGUAAAAGUUGGCUUGCAAGCAAAUCGGAACAAAUUUACAGAGCAACCAUCCACGAUGAGUUAUGCAAGACAUAUCAUUAAGAAGGAAGGCUUGGGACUCCAGGGCCUCAACAAAGGAUUUACAGCAACUUUGGGACGUCACGGGGUUUUCAACAUGGUUUAUUUUGGCUUCUACUACAAUGUCAAAAACAUUAUUCCUGUCAAUAAGGAUCCAACCUUGGAGUUUUUGAGAAAAUUUGGGAUUGGUCUUCUCUCGGGCACAAUAGCCUCAGUCAUUAACAUCCCUUUUGAUGUUGCCAAAAGUAGGAUUCAAGGGCCUCAACCAGUUCCUGGAGAGAUCAAGUACAGAACCUGUUUUAAAACAAUGGCAACAGUCUACCAGGAAGAAGGGAUUUUAGCUUUGUACAAAGGCCUGCUUCCCAAGGUUAUGAGGCUUGGACCAGGCGUCCUGAGUUGCUGUGGUGGUAAAUACAAUGAAAAGCGUUGCGAGUGGACUGUCCAGGCUAAACAAAACUGUGAAUGACUGGAAAUCUGCUUCAGGGACCUGGCCUCCACUCGCAUGUGGUGCAGUGAUGCUGCUGGUUUAUGAAUACACCUAUUCCUGGCUUCAGGAGAACUGGUGAUUGCCUAGGAGAUAAUGAGAUCAUGGAUGUUUGCUCUACAACACCAUGAGGAGAGACUAGCAGCUCAGCUGAUAUGAUUAUAAAUUAUAAUUAUACACAUUCUAGAGGGGAGGGGGGUGGGAGGAUGAGUUAAAAAAAAUUAUAAUUAUACAAUUAUGUACAAUUAUUAAGGGGAAACAGUUUAUUCAAGAACAAAACCUAUUUUGAUACUUCAAAAAUUAUCUCUACACAAUUUGAGACUGUAGUUUUGUCUAUAUCCAUAAAUCUGUGCAAAGAAAAAUAGUUUGAAGUAAUGAGGUAUAUAAAUCGAACACAGAAAAUAGCAUAGAAAUCAGAUAUAUUUCAUAAAAGCUAUAUAAAUUUUGUGAUCUGUAUUCCUCUUACACUGCUUCAUGAAGAAAAUUCAUUGUAUCGAUAAUUAUUUUUCCCACGAGGUCAAGAAAUGCUUAGAGUAAUAAAUUAAGCCAAAAUUUGAACAGUUUUUAUAAGGAAUUAAAUUCUCCCAUAAAUAAUACUUAAAAGGCACAAGGAAAAGUACACUAAAAUGGCAUUUUUAAAAUGAUGAAUUUUAUGUUAAAAUUUAAAUCUGGUGGUGUUCUUUGAGUAAUAAUACAUUAUCACAGCUAUAUUUUCCCAAAGCUACUUUAUAUUUUGCACUGUUGUUUAAAGCAGGUCAUAUUUUUAAAUCCUGAUACGUGAAGUUUUUUAUGGCAAAUAGAACACAUGAAAUUUCCUUCACAUAAUUCCCUUUGAAAACAAUUUUUGUUGCUGAAAUAUUUUCAUAUUAAAACACAAAUUGGAACCACUCCUUGGGCCCAUUUGUGCUGUCUGUAUUUGCAUCCAGAUAUCUUUUUUUUUUUUAAUAAGAUUUUUUAUUUAUUUGCGAGAGAAUGAGAGACAACCAGUCUCUCAUUGGUCUCUCAUUAGCAUGAGAGGGAGGAGGGUCAGAGGGAGAAGCAGACUCCCUGCUGAGCAGGGAGCCCGAUGCGGGACUCGAUCCCGGGACCCCAGGAUCAUGACCUGAGCCGAAGGCAGUCGCUUAACCAACUGAGCCACCCAGGCGCCCACAUCCAGCUUUGUUCAGAACUCUUACCUCUGCCAUUCUUAAAAAAGAAUGUUUAGAGUAAAACUACAUUUCCAGGUUAUUAGUUUUAAGUGACAGCUUCAGGUGUGAAGUCAACUAUCCGUAGUGUUAAAAUAUGUACUAUGAAGGGGAAAAUGUUUCAAAAUAGAAGUACAUUCUUAGCAUUUCCAAGAAUUCCUGUACUAACAUGCACUCUAAGAAAUAUCUCCUUGGCACUGAUAUCACCAAACUUGAUUUUGUAUUUGCAUCCUGAAAUGAUGCUACUUCAGUAGCUAAAGUCAACAAAAAUAUCUGCCCGUUCUAGAUGACACCUGUUCUUAACUACUACUGAGGGCUAUUUGCACCAAGAGACUAGGUCACUAAAGCAUUUUGAAAAGAAAAAAUAAAAGAUAACAUGAUAAUUAUUACUUUUUAUUAAUUUAGAGCAUUUGAAGUAUAAAAAUAAAGGCUUUUUAACAUACUGUAUAUACAUACACAGCCUUCGGUUGUACAUCCUUUCCAACGUGUUUUUUAAUUUAUAUUUCAGCCCAAUAUUUCAUAAGAAGGUCAUUAAAAGUAGAAGAAAAAAAAACCCAAGAGAAAGAAGAAUGUGUCUGUUGUACAACUGCAUUCUAUCCUUGCAGGUAAUGCUCUUGCAUCCUGUGAGGGAGAGAAAUGCCCACAUAGAGGCCAUGAAAUUGAACCUUUAACCUCUCCCUGUGAAUGGGAUGGAAAAGGAUCUCUGAAGAGUGCAUUUGCCAGUUUAAAAACAACACUUUUACCCCCUAAGAAACAAAGGAAAUAUGUCAACAUUAGCCAAUAAUAAUAACGUUUAAAAAUCAAACAAUCCCAAUCCCGUACCCCAUCCCAUUUUCCUUCUCUAAUUUUUAAAAGUAGCUUUAAAUCAUAUUUUGCUUUGAAUAGCAAACUGUAUUUUAGCUUUCUGUUGUCUUUCUUAAGUUACGCCAUGUGAAUUCACUGUUGCUAAGACAAGACCUGGGGGAAAAAGAGAAGAAAAAAAAAUCUUGAUAUCAUUAACAUCAGAUUUUUAAAAAUACAAGAACCAGAAAAAAAUUAUAAAUAGCAUUAACAAGAGAUUUCUUAAUUUAGAUAAAGAUAAUAUUUCAUUGUGUUUCCGUACAAAUGAUUGGUAUUUUUUUUUAAAGACUCUUAGUAGCCAUCUAAAAACUAUCUGAUAAGGGAUAAUUCUAUACCUUAUGUCAGCUUUUCUGGACGGCAGGAGAGUCCCUGUAUGGUUAUGGUUUUAAAGUCUCCACCAAAAUAUUGGACUGGUAUCUUUGUUCCAUUCAGUUUAUAGUCUAUUUUCUCACCAGACUGGGAACUCCAGAUGUCAAUAGGAGUUUUAUAAGAUCAAAGGAAGACUAUGGCCCUGAGAGUUCAUCUGCUCCUUCUGCUUAUUCUUCUCCUGAAGUUAUAAUCCUCUGUUUGUAGCACUGAAUUUUGGUUGCUUUAGAAAUAAAUGCAGUUCAAAGCUCUCUCUAUAAGAUAUCUGUUGCUUGAAACAAGCAAUUCCUCGAAUAUAACUUACGUGUCAGAAAUCUGCUUACUGUUUAUACGCUAGUGAUCUGAAAGCCUUGCUCGUCUAGCCAUCUGAGUUUUAAGUGAAGCCAUGAAACCGAUGUGACGGAACUGGAUUGCUGUGUAGACUGUGCACAGCACAGAUAGGAAGAAAGCAGGAUCACCUCACGAAUGCAUCUUUAACAUCCACAUCUAGUGAUGUGCCCUUUUAGUUAUUGCACAGAAUUAAUACCAAAAAAAAAAACCCACAAUAUAUUAAUUUUCCAAUAGAUGAAUUGUACCAAUGUUUUUAAAAUGUAGUUUCAAGCCUACAUAUUGCCAAGCAGGAAGAACUUUCUAAAUAGAAGAGAAAAACUGUAGAAUUUUGCCCAAGAAAAGCAGUUGUUUUAAAAUACAACACAUAGCACAUGCUCACACACACACACGUAUACCCCACAGCGCUGCUAUUAACAUUAAAGUGAAAACCCCAUUGGUCUAGAAAGACUCAUCAGCUAAACUAUGUCCUGUAACUCCAGAAAUGAA